UUGAGCUCUGUUACAAAUCGGACACUGGUUUUCCUCUUCCGCUUGCUUUAAUGUUCGGAAAGUCCCGGGGCUUUUUCUGAAACCACAGAGAUCAUAUCCGCCCAACUUUGUAGUCUGUGCAAAUGCGUUCACGUGAUGAAUAGUUACUCUUUAAAACAGCAUGGAAGUUUUGUAUCCAAAUUAUAAAUAAUAGGCAGUGAUUUGGAAAGUAGUGUUCUGAAAGUGAUUGGCUGACUAACUGGCGUCGGUAGAGGACAGGAGUUGUUGGAGGAAACUGUCUAGAAUGGAAGGUAAAACUAUUCUACUGCCCCAUUCCACACAUAGCCUUGAACUGCAGCCGAGCCUUGACAAGGAUCCCAAGAUACACCAGGGGGACGCAAGUGAAAACAUCACGACGGCUGAAGUCGUUUUUGGAGCUAGUGUCUCAAGACCAAAAAAUGAACCACUUCAGUUGCUGCAAAAUAUGAGUGACUUUGGAGCGGAGGAGAAUGUGACAUUUAUCACAGAAAGUAUGAGUGUAACUACAGCCGAUGAGGAGAAACUGCUGCUGCUGAACAGAAACACUGAACUGAGACGCCUGAACAAAGAGCUGAUGAAACUCAACCAAGACUGGGACCAGAUCUAUCGUGCAACUACAACAGGGCUUCAGCAAAGAGUGGCAGCUCUCCAAAUGGAGAUUUCCGACACUAAUCAGCAUGCCAAUGCACUUUCCAAGAAACUGGACAAUGAGCAGCACAAAAGGGAGUAUUAUGAGCAGUCCUUAAUCCAAGAGAUGAAGAAAAAUCAACAACUCCAGGAAUAUGUGAGACAGUUGGAAAGUAAAUUACACAAUAUGAGACAGACAGUCCAACCACCCUUGGAAGAUGAACCAUGGAGACCAAUUCCACACAAUGAGAAAUCAAAUUACAUCUAUCCCCAGUCACAGUCAGAACAUAAAGACAUAAUACCCUCUUCCCCAAAACGUGUUCAAAUCUCGGAGAAACCAAGGGGCCACAGUCAGUACAGACUGACUAAGACUGAAGCAGCCCGACAUGCAACCAAAAAUGGAGUCUCUGAAAAAGAGUGCAAAGAGCUUCAGGACCAAAUGCUUGCUCUCGUGUGUCAGACCAAGCUUUAUGAAUCAGAUUAUAAGACAGAACGCAAAGACCGACAACGUACUCAAGCAGAAAAUGAGAAGCUGAGGAAGAAAACUGAAGAAAUGUAUUUGCAAAUGAAUCUUCUUCAACAGCAGCUCAAAAUUUAUGAGGAUGAUUUCAAAAGGGAAAGAUCUGAUAAGGAAAUUCUACAGCGACUUCUAAAGAGUAAAUCAGAAAGUAAAGAGCCAGUUCUGGUUCAUCGCUGCAACAACACCCACAAGAAAUCUCCAGAGACCAGGAGAAUACCAUGUGGGAAGCACUGUGUUGAACGACAUACUGAAUGUUCAAAUCACCAUAGAUGCAGAGGUGCAGAAAUUCAGGCAGAUGCAUACUCCAUAGGUUAUCCUUAAAGAAAAUGCUUGAAUGUGGAAAAGCAUUAUCAAAAGUACGUUCAGUACUUUGGAAGACUUGCCACACCAGGAAUGAAGCAAGAAAACCCAUGAUCAUAACACAUCGUAGAAAAGUUAUAUCUGAGAGCUUCAUGACCUCUAAAUAUAGGACAGCAUCUUAAAUAUGAGAACACAUUUACAUUUUAUAUAAAUGUAUAAUUGUCUCAUUUUAUAAAUGGGUUCAUAUGCUGCAAUUAAAAUAGCAGAUGUAUGUAUGUUACAUGAACACAUUAACAAUGUAUAACAUUUUAACAAAGUAUCAGUUCUAAAUUUUAGAAGUAUGAUGUGUAUCUAAACAUUUUCUUUUCAUUGGAUAUGAGUGAUAAACAACUACCACUUUUGUGAAAAUAAAUCACUCUUGCUCACACAAAUACUACCAUUAAGUAUAUGUCGAGUAGGUUAACAUCUUUCACUGAGCCAGUAAAAGAAAUUUGUUACUUCUGUGAUUUAUUUUGAACCACAAUGAUGGAAUCAUAAUCUAUUCUUUUUAGUUUGCAAUACUUAUGCAAGAUAUGUGCCUUCAGGGUCAAAUAAAUAUUGGCUAAUAACACUAGGAAUUACCUGUAAGCCUGGAUUACAAAAAUGCUCAUAGAUCCAAAGUCUGUUGCUUACCUUGAGAAUAAAGUUGAGGAUUGCUGGGAAAUCAUUGUAUUGUUGAUAUUAGUAUCCAUUAUAGACAGCAGACCAAAGCUUGAAAGAUAACAAGUCUAUCUUUAAUCAUCUUACAACUGAUGAGCAAAAGCUGUCUUUUUAGGCUAACAGUAGAUAUCAGGGUGAUCAAUGGAAUUCACCGUAAGUGUUUGAGUUUAUUGGUGUGAUCUUCCUAACCUUAGUGGUGAUAUGCUCAAUUAAACUGAGGCAUUCCACCAAGGUGAGUUUCAAUAGCAACUGUAACCUAAUAAUUCUUCAAUAAUACUGAACUUGAGUAUUACUGUAAAAGAAAAUACAAUAGUAAAAGAUUACUUUUCAAUUACACUUGUAUUCCUUGCAUAUUGGCUUGAUGAGUACAAGAUGAAAAGCUUCGACAAUAUCUCCCCAGCAAUCCUCAACUUUAACCUCAAAAGAAACAAACAAACUUUGGGUCUGUGAGCAUUUUUGCAAUCUAGGUUUAAAGGUAAUUCCCACAGUGUUGUUGGCCAAUAUUUAAUUGACACUUAUACAAGAUAUGCCUUAUGUAGUUCAAAUUAUACAGAAUAGAUUAUGACAUCCAUUAGUCUAAAUCUUGUGCUAUAUUUCAAGCUUGCUUGUCACCAACCAAUCAAUUUGGUGAUUUAAUUAAAAAGUGUUUAGCAAAGCUAUGCCAGCUGUGAAGCUAAUUGAUGUUUUAACAGAUUAUUGGUCAUCUUCACAAUGCUAUUUGUGACUCUUUUCAGGUAUAUUAAUGCCAACUGUCCCACAUUACAGAGGUGCUUAACUGCGGGCAAAGUGCUUUGAGGUAUCCGGAGAGCACAAAAUAUGGCAUAUGGAACUGAUGGGCUCUCUUUCUCUCUGUUAUAAUUAAAAGUAUCUUAUGUUACUAAUACUGUAGUGUACUUCCAAUUCAUCUUUAUAUUUGUAGACUUAUUAGCUACAUUUUGGGGAACAUUGAAAGGGGAUAUAUUAAAUACUGUUUGGGACAUGUUGGUAAUGUCUGUUAUGUAUCACAUUUGAAUAAAUUACUGACUUUUAUAAUAGAACAAGAACCUUUUAUGACUCCCGUUGAGAAUUACACAAAUUUCUAUCAAGUUCUUCAUAGGCAAAGUUGUGGCGAACAUAGUUUCUGGUUACUAAGUUGUCCUCUAAGACAAGUUGAUAACUUUGAAAUGGGAUACUUACUGUCUUUGGUUUCUUAAUAUUAAUAAUUUAAAUUGCUAAUUUAUUGGGUGAACAGUUUUCCCUGAGGGGAAAAUCUAUGAACUUAGAUCUAAGACUUCAUGUGCAUUUUCCAAAGACACUGCAUUAAGAAAUUAUUUUCACAUCCGUAUUCCGUAGCUUUAUUCAUCCAGUGCUGUUUCAGCUAUUUCAAACAAAAACUGAUAUGUUUUUUUUCCUGUAGGAACAAAUUCAGUCUGUGUGGUGCAAAGUAUUAAGCCAUUUGUAAGGAGCCAGUAAUCUAAGUAAACACUUCUGUCUUGAGUGAUCUGCAUCUGCAUGACUAAGAUCUCAAAAGAAUCAGAAUCCCUAAAGUGCAGAUACAGGUCACUCGGUCCUUUAAAGUCUGUGCUUCUUUCAAAGUGCAUCCCUAUCGACCCCCACAAUCCCUGUAACCACACAUUUGCCAUAAAAGAAAGUCCUAUGAUACAGGUAGUGAUCAAGUAAUCCAAAUGGGAAUAUUAAUGAAGAAUCCAUCAAGUUAGGAUAAGUUUGAAAAAAAAACACAUUUCAGCUAAUGUUUACUGCACUUUAGAUAACCAGCUUUGUUUCAUUUCUCUUCUACUCAGGAAGCUAUUUGUAUUUUUUUUCUACCCUUGAUCAAAAAUGAUUUUUUUUUAGUAUAAUAAACUUUAGCUUACUUUCAA